AUGGGUCCUAUCAUAUGCUGCUGUGUCAUUUUGAUCUUUAUGAUCGAUAUCUCAGGUACGAGCUCAUCAUCAAUGAUCAUUAUUGGACAUCGAGGUGCAUCUGGUUAUCUUCCAGAACAUACAUUACCUGCAAAAGCUCUUGCUUAUGGUCAAGGCGUUGAUUAUCUUGAACAAGAUGUUGUUCUAUCGAAAGACAAUGUACCUAUAGUUAUUCAUGAUAUUUACUUAGAUGAAAUUAGUAAUGUUGCUAGCAAAUAUCCUGCACGCCAUCGUUCGGAUGGUCGUUAUUAUGCUAUUGAUUUUACACUGACGGAAAUUAAAACAUUACGUGCUAGUGAACGAUUCGAUCAUCGAACCGGAAAGCCAAUAUAUCCAAAUCGUUUUCCUCUUAAUCAAUCCACAUUUCAUUUAGUUACUUUCGAAGAAGAACUGGAAUUUAUUGUUGGUCUCAACAAAGCAAAUAUUGAUAAUAAUAGAGAAGUGGGUAUAUAUGUAGAAAUUAAAGAGCCAUCAUUUCAUAAAAAUGAGAGUCGAUCAAAUUUCAGUGAAAUUGUUAUUGAUAUAUUACGAAAAUAUAAUUAUACAAAACGUACGGAUAAAGUAUUUUUACAAUGUUUUGAUCUCGAAGAAUUACAACGGAUUCGUGUACAACUUAAAUCAGAUUUAAAACUUGUUGGCCUAUUAUCAGAUGAAAAACAUCGAAGCAUUUACAAGAAAAAUGAUUUCAGCUAUUGGAUAAGUGAAAUAGGAAUAGAAGAUAUGGCAACUUUUGUUGAUGGUAUUGGUCCACAUUAUUCAGAUUUGUAUGAACAAGGAACUACAUUGGAACCAUCAAAAUUGUUUAAUGAUGCUAGAAAACAUAAUUUAUUUAUUCAUCCGUAUACAUUUCGUAGUGAUGCAAAUCUACAACCAUUUGCAACAUUCGAUGCUAUGCUAGAAUUUUAUAUCGAUAAACUAAAGGUCGACGGCUUAUUUACUGAUCAUCCUGAUAAAGUAGUUCGAUACAUAGAAUCCAAACACAAACAAUCUAAUACAGGAAUAAAACUUCAAAGCUCUUCUCUCGCUUUAAUAAUUUUAUCGAUUGCCGUGAUAAUUUUAUGA